CAAAAAAAAAACUCUCUCAUCUCUGUGUGUGGGCUAAUAGAAUCUCUUUCUUUUCAUUUCCCUCCACAGAUCUCCAAAAUUUUACUCUCAAAACCCUAAUUUUUUCUCUCCAUUCUCAUUCGCAUCUCUGUAAAAGCAAACGCGGCGUCGUCGUCGUCAUCUUCCGGACCACUGAAUCGAAUCUGGACGAUGAUUCUAGAAGUUUCGUGAAUCUUCUCCUUCAUGGAUGAACUAAGUCCAUACGAUGCCUGAACUGAGCAGCCGAGCUCGCAGAUAUCGGGCCUCCAUCAACCAAAACCCGAACCCGAAUCCAGAACUAAUUGCUCCAAGCCAACAACCUCACUUCGACAAUAAUAUUAACGAUAACAAUAAUAAUAACAGGAAGAAGUUGACUGUUCGAACUCGACAACAAAGGAGAACCGUACAGAAUAAGACGAAACGCAGGACGAUCGUCGCUGUUGAUGACAAGAAGAACGGUAAUAAUAAUAUUGUGAACGUUCAGGAAACAACGCCGUUGAAGGACAACGAAAAGGUUAGGGUUUUGGUAGAAGAAGUUGCUGAGAAAAAGAUGGAUGACUACGACAGCGGUGGCCGUAGCGCAGAUAAGGGUGCCGGAGCUGAGGACGAAGGAAGCACAGCUCCUCUUCCCGAGAAGGUCCAGGUUGGCGGUUCCCCAAUGUACAGAAUAGAAAGAAAACUGGGGAAAGGAGGCUUUGGGCAAGUGUAUGUUGGUCGGCGGAUUAGUCCAACAACUGAGAGAACUGGCCCAGGAGCUUUAGAGGUAGCCUUAAAAUUUGAGCAUAGAAGUAGUAAAGGGUGUAAUUAUGGACCGCCUUAUGAGUGGCAAGUUUACAAUGCACUUGGUGGCAGUCAUGGUGUGCCACGAGUUCAUUUCAAGGGCCGGCAAGGUGACUACUAUGUCAUGGUUAUGGAUAUGCUUGGACCUAGUUUAUGGGAUGUUUGGAAUAACAAUUCACAUACGAUGUCAAUUGAAAUGGUUGCAUGUAUUGCUAUUGAAGCAAUCUCCAUUUUAGAGAAGAUGCACUCUAGAGGAUAUGUGCAUGGGGAUGUAAAACCUGAGAACUUUUUGCUUGGUCCCCCAGGAACUCCUGACAAGAAAAAGCUUUUUCUUGUUGACCUUGGGCUAGCUACAAGGUGGCGAGAUAGUUCAACUGGCCAACAUGUUGAAUAUGACCAACGUCCAGAUGUUUUCAGAGGAACAGUGCGCUAUGCUAGUGUGCAUGCUCAUCUUGGUAGAACUGGUAGCAGGAGAGAUGACCUAGAGUCUCUUGCAUACACGCUCAUUUUUCUUCUUCGCGGCCGACUUCCUUGGCAAGGAUAUCAGGUUUGCAAUUUCUAAAUUGGGGAAAGUAAAGGAUUCCUUGUGUGCAAGAAGAAGAUGGCCACUUCCGCAGAAACUUUGUGUUGCUUUUGCCCUCAGCCUUUUCGGCAGUUUGUUGAGUAUGUGGUGAAUUUGAAGUUUGAUGAGGAACCCAAUUAUGCAAAAUAUAUCUCCCUUUUCGAUGGAAUUGUUGGUCCAAAUCCAGAUAUUCGGCCAAUAAACACUGAUGGUGCACAGAAGCUUAUAUAUCAGGUAGGACAUAAGAGAGGACGACUGACAAUUGAGGACGAAGAAGAUGAACAGCCAAAGAAGAAGGUUCGCAUGGGGAUGCCUGCAACACAAUGGAUUAGUGUUUAUAAUGCUCGUCGGCCUAUGAAGCAAAGAUAUCAUUAUAAUGUAGCUGAUGGGAGGCUCUCCCAACAUAUAGAGAAAGGAAAUGAAGAUGGGCUAUUUAUCAGUAGCGUGGCUUCGUGUUCAAAUCUGUGGGCUUUAAUUAUGGAUGCAGGCACCGGCUUCACUGCUCAAGUUUAUGAACUCUCACCCUACUUCCUUCACAAGGAAUGGAUUAUGGAGCAAUGGGAGAAAAACUACUACAUCAGUGCAAUAGCAGGAGCUAAUAAUGGUAGCUCAUUGGUUGUAAUGUCUAAAGGGACCCAGUAUUUGCAGCAAUCCUACAAAGUCAGUGAUUCGUUUCCGUUUAAGUGGAUCAAUAAAAAAUGGAGGGAGGGUUUUUAUGUCACUGCUAUGGCCACAGCUGGAAGUAGAUGGGCAAUUGUUAUGUCUCGCGGUGCAGGAUUUUCUGACCAGGUUGUGGAACUAGAUUUUCUGUAUCCUAGUGAAGGUAUUCAUCGGAGGUGGGAUAGUGGUUACCGUAUCACAUCAACUGCAGCGACUUGGGACCAGGCUGCUUUUGUUCUUAGUGUUCCAAGACGAAAGCCAGCCGAUGAAACUCAAGAGACUCUACGGACUUCUGCUUUUCCUAGUACUCAUGUUAAGGAGAAAUGGGCAAAGAAUCUAUAUAUUGCAUCCGUUUGCUAUGGUCGAACUGUUUCAUGAACCAUCAAAGUUUUGUUGGAAUGCCACACAUUUUGGCUGUUUGUGCACGUGUAUAACUGCAAACAGCAGUCACUAUCCAGUACCCCUUUUAAGAAGCUAAGAUCCACUGUAGCCAAGUUGACUGAUCACCGCAAUGGGAGUUGAUGUAUGCAAAAUUUAUACUUUAUUGUCACCAUCAUGUAGCAUCUAGUACAAUCACCUGUGCACUGUCUUUCAAUGGUGUUGAAAUGCUUAUGUGCCCAUGUUAGAUAUCUCACGGCCAUUUGGAUCGGUAAUUCUACAUAUUUGUAUAGUUUUGAACAAUAAUUACUUGAUUGAUUGAAGGCAUGUGCACAGGUUUUUCAUUAUUAAUGGUAUGUUGUGAACCUGCAACAAUGAUUUGCAGUGUGUUCUAGACACUACAGUCAUUCAGUCUGUAGUCAUUUCUUUUUCCCUUGUUUUUGGGCUUGGUUAUGGGGUGUCUCAAUUUGACCUGAAAGACAGAGAGAAUGUCUUCUAUUUUGUAUACUUUGAAGCAACACUUUGUAAUGGCUUAUUAUUAUCAAUUUCUAUGUUAUAAUUUUAUGCAUAUAUCUGCAUUAACGUCAAGUUUACAGAGUGUUUUUGUUUCAUGAUCUGUCUGAAUAAAUGGAACUCUUGUUUAAUUGCACAAACAUGCUAUUGAUGUAGUCCCAUCCUCAAUUCCCCUUCUCUCCUAAGUGCAGACCUUUUCACCUGUGCAUUUUUUCUUUUUUGUAUAAUUCAUUCCUCAUAAAUCGUAUAAGCUGAAGGUCAUUGUUCUUCGAAAAAACUGCAAAUUUCUUGGGGGUAAGCCUCUUCAUGGAGAAAGUUAGUGUACUUAAAGAUGUUCAAUCAUUGAUUAUUUACUGCGUUGGCUUCUGGGUUUCUUGGUGUAAGCAUGUGAUAAUUUUUUUGUCAGAAUAGUCGCUAUAAGCUUGUAUUGUGUUAGAUUAAACAAGUUUGGCUUUUUCUAGACCACACUCUGAGUCUCCUGUCCAGUUUUAGAAUGUGGUUAGCCAGUUUUUCUCCAUUUGCUGGUUGUUUGUCUAAUGUUGUUUGCAUAAAAAGGCUUGACUAUGUUUUCCCACUAGUGUUUCUGUGUUUUAUCUAGUACUAGUUAUCAAUAUUGGUCAAGAUCUUGGAAGCAGACACCGUAUGCAAGGCCUCUUAACACCCAUGUAAAAAUUUGAGGUACCAACUAACCAAACAGAAGUCAAGUCGGUAAGCCCUGGGAUGAUUGUUGGGAAGUUUCAUUUAAAGUUUCUGACUUGAAUCUAAGUUGUACUUUUUCUGAAUUGCAAAAUGUAACAUUUUCUCGAUGUGUACUUUUUCUUGUUGAGUAGUAACUUCAUUGUGGUUAACUUUAUUUAUUACUAUUUUUAUAUAUUCAGGGGAAGCUUGAAACUCACUCUGCUACCAUGGUAAGCUCCAGCCUUUUCCUUUGUCUCUGCAGUGCUUUAACAGUGGGUUCAUCCAGUCCAUAGCUGCGUGUUCUGUGUUAUUUCAUGUGGUGUGGACUGUGGACACAGAAUCAGAAGGAAAAUGUGAUCAUACUCGGGGUUUGCUUAGACAUCAUAUGGAAUUUGAAUGGGUCUAUAUUGAUAACCUGUGCUGAUUAAAAUAGACUAUCCAUGAUGGUCUAAUGAGCUAUGGAAGAAAGUGUGAGCCAUCUCCUAACUCUUGAGUAUUGGACUGAUUUUGCCUCAUCCUUUAUGGGUCUAUAGAGUGGCAAAUAAUGGCAACAUUCUUUUUGCUUGGAGCACCCCAUACAGAUGCUGAAGUACCCGACUAACUGGACCUUGCUCAUGAUAUUUUUCGCGGUUUCAGUAUGAGUUAGCGAAGGGAAGAUAUUCGUUAUAAUUUUAGAAUUGUUGAACAUGAAAACUUCUAUGGUUUGCUAAAUUUUUUUUUUAUUGAAGUUGAACUUACAAUUAGAAAUGGCA